AUGAAAACAGGAAUUCUUCUCUCAAUCUUCCUAAUUUUACCUUUCCUGCUCAAUGCUGAAACUGUUGUUGAAGAAAAAAAUGUGACAACAGUUUUUCAUGCGCCUGCUUACACCUACACUCUGCCCCUCGAUACUCGUCAUACUUUGAACAAAAUUCAUGGAAUUCUUAUGGUUUUGUCAUGGAUUUUCUUCAUUCCAUCGGCUUUUCUUUUUGCUCGUAUGCUUCGAGAUUCGUUUGCUGACAAGAAACCGUUUGGACUUGCCAUAUGGUUCCAUGUUCAUCGCACGUUUAACUAUAUAGGACUAUUCCUUAUGGUUGCCUCUAUUCUAGUAAUUUUCAUUUCGAAAGAUUGGCGAUGGAUGGGACCAGGUUCACAUGCAUCAUCAGCAAAACAAGUGCACACGAUUACCGGAGUGAUCUCAACCGCUUUGGCCGUUGCCCAACCUAUUCUGUCCUUAUUUAGAUGUCCUGCCAACCAUAGCCAAAGAUCUCUGUUCAAUUGGUCUCAUCGCCUUAUCGGUAUUAUAUCAUUUAUCCUAGCUACUGUUGCCCUCGUUAUUGCCGCUCUGGAUUUCAAAAUGUGGAAGAAUCGUGCGCUUCAAGGAAUUCUCAUGAUUGCUCCGACAGCACUACUGAUUGUACUGUCAGUAGCUUCCGUUAUGUUCCGCAAGUCCAGUAACGCUAGCAAACAAGAAUCUAGAUACUCCCUCAGAGUUUCAUUGGCUAGCUGGGGCAUGGGAAUACUGUUGGCUAACACAAUUGUUCUUUGCAUUUUAAUUGGCCAAGGAUACGCAAAGCCAUAA